AAUUACAUUAUGCCACUUUUAGAAUAAUUAUGGCAAAUCUCAAGUGACGACCCAAAUCUAAUCUCAAGUAUCCAAUAAUUCUCUCUCUCUCUCUAACAGAUUAGCACUAUCUCACAAUCUGAGGGGUUUCGGGUUUUGGGUUUUGGAUCUGAAUCUGAUAGGAAUAGUUGAAAACAAUGGAGGACUUGAAAUCAGCUAUGGAGCAGCACAUGGAACAAAUGGCGGAUCUCGUUCAGAAAUUCUCCGCCGAGCUCCGCACUGGUUUGCGUCCAGCCUACGACAACUUUAUUGGGUUCUUCCACGCCAUUGAUUGGAAGGAACCUUGGUUAAUGGGCUUAAUGGGGUUUCAUGUUGUAUUGUUGCUGUUAACGAUCUUCUCAAGGAAGAAUGUCAACUUCCAGAUGUGCUUGUUCCUUCUUGCAUUGGCUGGUGUAUAUUUUGCUGAGAAUUUCAAUAGAUUACUGAGUGAAAACUGGAAGAGCUUUGCUGGCCAAAAUUAUUUUGAUCCAAGUGGAGUUUUUCUCUCAGCAUUAUGGUCUGGUCCUCUUCUGGUCAUUGCAAUCCUAAUUUUGGUAAACACACUCUUUUCCUUAUGUUACCUGAUUGUUAGAUGGAAAAAAGCUGAACUCAGACAUCGCGCAAGAGUUGCUCGUAAGCAGGAUUGAUUUCCUGUUGCUUUAUUGCUGAUUGAAGUACCCUCCACUCUUAAUUUGUGAUGUACAUCCAAUAGGGUUUCCCUGUUGUAAUAGGAUCCAUAGCAGCAUCUUUAAAUUCAAGAGUUGCUUUACUUUGGGUUACGCUUUUGCUUUCCAAGUUUUGAACUGUGUAAAAAUGCCCACAAACCUUGUAUACCAUUUUGUUUCCUUUGUUAUAGCAUUUUCUUGAUUUAAUUCAGCGUUUUAUACUAGUGAGCACAUUCAUGAGCCAUGUACUUGUCAUUGUUGCUGCGGCUGUUGUAUCUAGACUUGAAGGCGAUCUAUUUUGGUCUGUAUGCUGUUUUGGGUAGUAUUUUUUAAUAAGCCAAAGUUUCGUGUUUUCGUUUUAA